GCGGCGAUCGUUAUGCAUGCUUCAACGUUUUCGCUAGCCGCUGAAAGAAUCGUAGCGCAAACAAAUUAUUUUUAACAAAACCUAUGGUUUUUCUUUAAAAAUAAUUAUUUAAACGUUGUAGUUAGGGAAAUGUACUUGAAAUAUGGCAGAAAGUAAAGCAGGAAAUACAGAAGAAAGUGUAAAAGAAAGUAUAAAAGAAGAAGAAAAAACUUUGCCAAGUUUUGUUUACAAAAACGAUACUCCGAUCUCACCGCCAAACGUUAGCGCAGAUGGAGCUUCCGAAUCCGUGAAUGAUGAGGAAACGCCAGUGGUUCAGAGCGACGAAAGUGUGAGUAAUAAUUAUCAGGAUGUCGAAGAAUUAGAAGAGUUGCUCAUCAAAGAAGUACAGUCAAAUAGAUGUAUUUGGGAUAUAAAAGCAAAAACGUACAGUCAUGGCCAGACCAGACAACAAGCAUGGCUAGAGAUAGCGAGAAAACUCGGGGAAGAUGAACACCUACUGCGAAAGAAAUGGAAAAACUUGCGGGACACGUUAAUAAAGUGUUUAAAGAAAAGAACAAUGAUAGCGCGUUCCGGGCUUAGUGGACAUAGUAAAUUGCCGAAUUGCAAAUUUUUUAAAGAGUUGUCUUUUUUAUGCGAAAUUCUGCCCUUUCCAGCAGUUACGCAAGAUCUUGGUAAACCUUUAUUUAGCGCUAAACACGUCACGCCGGUAAAUACAGUAAAUUCAACCAACUUGGUGUCGAUAUGUCCGCCAGUGCACACCAGUGCGCAGGUGAUUCUUAAGAAUCCGUGUGUCACGAGUAGUAAAGUGUUGAAAAGACUAGCUCCGCUUCCCACCAUCAGUGUUUAUAGCAGCCCUUCAGACGUUCCCACUAAGAAGGCUUUCACAGGGUACGAUGAAACGCCUGACGCUUUAUUUUGUCGUAGUUUAAUACCGACAUUAAAAAACUUAUCACCGAGAUCGAAUAGAUUGGCAAAGAUGGAAAUCCAAAAAAUAAUGUUCAAGUACGAGUUUGGUGAAGAAUGCAGCACAUGAGUUGUUAGUUUUGAUUUAAACAGAGACUUCAAAAGAUGUGCAUGGCUACGGCAUAUAUGUUAAUGUAGACAUAAUAUUGACACUUCAGACAUCGAGGAACCCAUUUUAUUGUAUUUUAUAUUCACAUAUUGCUCAACUUAGAGGGCUUAUUUUUUGUAAUUUUAUCUGUAUAUGUCAGUGCGAGAAUAGGAAUAGUACAGGGAUAAUAAAAUAGUAUAAAGCACGUUA